GUUCGAUAUUUUGGUAUUGUCAUUGCAAUAUGGGGUUUUUCUGCAUAUUUUUGCUUGGCGGAAGGUAUGUCGUAUCCAUACAGUCUCGCACCUUCGCACUUCCCAUUUUUACAUUUGCAGUCAUCCUCGUCUGGCGUCUUUACGCCCUACAUAACCAAUCAAAGCUCAUACUUUAUGUUCUACUGGGGUUGCUCCUACCUAUCGUCGCGCUCUAUAUAGCGGUGGAUGCAUUUUUAUGGAGCCGACCUUCGGCGAUCUCAGUGCAGGAAAUCAUAAUAACCCCAGAUAUCAAGUACUGCACGGCUUUCUUCCACAUCGGGCCUAUGCCUGCGAUCUACGCUUCCAUCCCCGUCAUAUGCUAUGAUAUUUGCUUGGUUGUUCUCGCCAUUACCGUCCUCAGGAAGCACCUGAAAGAACGACAGGAAUGUAAAAUGAAGCCUAACACCUACGUGGUGAUGAUCGUCCGAUAUCAUGUCUUAUACUUUGUCCUGAAUUUGGCGACUCAAAUCUUCAUGGCGAUAGUAUGGGCCCACCUUACGACGGUGAUGCUGAGUUUCGUACUAUUUUUCAAGGAUACCGCGCCAUUGAUUAUCGUGCCACGUCUUAUCAUCAGCAUUUGGGAUACGCAUGCUAAUGAAGACUGUGUACAAAUCAGUACGAUGUUCGAGAAUUGUGUCUGUUGGACUCUGCCAACGGAAUUGGAGCAGCCCGAGGUUGACUCUCGUGUAUGAUUUUCCAAAUUGAGGAAGGAGGUAGAGUGAGACUCGAUAGAAUUAGUGGAUGUAGAUUUCUGGUAGAUACAUUUGCGCAUCCUUGCCACGGUUUUGGAGUUUUGCACUAUGCAAGAUUUGUUUUGGGAGAGAGGCCCUUG